AUGGAAUUUAUUCAAUUAUUCAUUUUUAUCGGUGGGAUUUUUCUCUGUAGCUGUAACACUAACGGAAAUGACACAAAGACAAAAUUGGCUCAGGGAGAAAAGCAAUUAGGCGACCAGAUUCGAUUAAUUCUCAAGCAUUAUCAGCAGCCGGAUCCUAUCGGACUUCCGGGCGCCCCUAUACCUGAUCCAAUGACGGUUCCAGAUAUGAAACAUUCGUUUUCGAUGUACACUAUGACUUUCAAAUCCGUCAAAGUGUAUGGUCUCUCGAAAUUUAGGAUUGAACACGUACAGUCAGAAAUAGCAUUGAUGCAGGUAUCAGUAGCCUUGAGUAUUGAAACUCUUGAUAUUCGAGGUCUUUAUACACUUUCAUCGUGGCUGUCAGGAUCAUCUGGAGAUUUCACUGUUAAAUUAACCGGGGUGAAUAUUCAAGGGCUGGCAAAGCUUCAAGUUGGAACAGACGGAAAACUACAUGCCCAAGAUAUUGAUAUGGAUUUAACAUUCGUAAAUAUUGAUAUGGAUUUUAAGAAUCUUGGCUUUCUAGGAGCAGUACUUCAAAGUGUAUUAAAUUCUGUUGGAGCUUUCAUUUUUGAUAGCAUUAAACCGUUUAUUCUUAACGAAGUAAAUACAAAUAUAAGAGGUGAAGUAAACAAACAAAUAUCUCAAUUGCCGCAGUAUUUUCCAAAUUCGAUUUCGCCUUUUGACAUGGCAGUUGCUGAGGCACGCAAACAAGUUUCGGAUAUGGGAUAUGACCCCUAUAGACUCAAGGAUUAUUCUCAGAGUGUUGGAAUAUUUACUGUCACCUCAAGCUAUACUUGGAUUACUGGACUUGCUAGUUUUUAUCGUAUGGGUAACAUUACCCUUAGUAUGGAAAAUGGAACGGUUUAUGCAUUACUGGAUGUGGGAACACAAGAGAUUGAAGGUAAAACACACUGGGAAGUGGGUGUGAUCGGGGGUUUUCUCUCCAGGGCCGGAACAGUCUCGUUCACGGUUCAGUAUUUCCGAGUACAAGUAAAAUUAAGUCAGCCUGUGGAUACCCGGAAACGCGCAUCUCUAGAGGAGCUUAAUCUUGAGCUUGGUAAUAUUCAAACGAGAAUACACGGUGCAGGUACGGUGGAUUACAUUAUAGAAGCAGGAAUAAAUAUAUUACCCAAUUUAUUACGAUAUCAAAUUAUGGAUGCCAUUGAGGGACCUAUCAGGAGACGGCUUCAAGAUGAACUUGAUAAGGUGGACGUAGAAAAGCUGAUUCAUGAAAAAAUUCCGGAGAUUGAAGAAAAAGCAAGGUUUCUCCAAGGAAUAACACCGUCUGAAGAUAUUAUCCUUGAGGAAUCGGCACCACCUUUGCCGUUAGAUCAAGAGCCAUUUUCAGAAAGUGAAGAAGAACGUGGCCCGUCGUAA